CUAAGUGACUGUGUGAAAACGUUUUGUCUUCCUUCCUUCCAGUAACUUGAGCAACAACAAGAUCUCAGAGAUCGAGGACGGGGCCUUUGAAGGCGCCUCGUCUGCGAUGGAGCUUCACCUGACAGCCAACCACCUGGAGUCUGUGAGAGGGGGCAUGUUUAAAGGCAUGGAGGGGCUACGCAUGCUGAUGCUGAGGAACAACAAGAUCAGCUGCAUCCAUAACGGCAGCUUCACGGGUCUGAGCAACGUCAGGCUGCUCUCCCUCUAUGACAACCAGCUGAGCACCAUCCUGCCCGGAGCCUUCGACACCCUGCCCAACCUGUCCACGCUGAAUCUCCUGGCCAACCCGUUUAACUGCGACUGCCGCCUGUCCUGGUUCGGGGCGUGGCUUCGGAGCCGGCGGAUCGUGACGGGGAAUCCUCGCUGCCAGGGCCCCGCCUUCCUCCUAGAGAUCCCGCUGCAGGACGUGGCUGUCCCCGACUUCCGCUGCGAGGACGGUUCUGUCCUGGAGGACAGCAGCUGUGCCCCGGGGCCGCAGUGUCCCGCCCAGUGCACCUGUAUGGACACAGUGGUCCGCUGCAGCAACAAACACCUGCAGGCUCUGCCCAGAGGACUCCCCCGCAACGUCACCGAGCUGUGAGUCGAAACAAAAAACGCCAAACACGGCAACUUCCUUCCUCACUUGAGUUGCAUUUCACGUCGCAUACCUGUUUAGACCUUACUUGCUUGUUCUCUUGGCUCUCCAGCUUUAGUCCUA